UACACCUGUCAUUACUCACUCACCUGGGCUAUACUGUUAACUCUUGGCCAGGUGUAGUGUCCCAUAACUCAUUGAAACACCUGUCUCCACUCACCUGGGCUUCACUUUAUUGUUUGUCCAGUAACUCAUCAUCAACGGUAAACGACCCAAGAGCCAUGUUGUUCCGUACCCUCCCCAAAACCCUUGACCUGCUGGGGGUCAGGUCACCAGCUCUUCUGACCCAUGCCACAGGUAGAAGAGAGGUCACAAGGACGCUUCACAAGGUCGCAGGUCACACUAAUCCUUGGGGACCUGCAAUGACCCAGGCGAGCACAAGGGUCACAGGGGUCACAGGUCAGCGUUUCCUCUCCGCUGGGGGGUCACGGGGGAGCAGGGACCCUGGGGACUACUCACAGGACCCCCAGGUAAAGGAGUGGCUGAAGGAGCUACAGAAGGACUUCAGCCACCAGCCUGAAGGAGGGAAGGAGAAGGAGGAGGGUGCUGGCAUGAAGGAAAGGAAGGAGCAGGAGGUAAAGGAAGGGAAGGAGAGGGGUGAGGCUGCUGACAGAAUACAAGAAAGUGAGAAGGAAACAAAAACCUCUCCGCAUAAAGUGUGGAGUCAGCUGGUGGCGGAGAAGUACGAAAAAAUGGACACCCACAUGCAGGUCAUUUAUGACUAUGACGAGGAGAGGCUACGGAGGGAGGAAGGGCUGAGGGAGGAGGAGGAGGAGGAGAAAAGGGAGAAGGUGGAGAUGGAACGUGGCGAGACAGGAGUGUUUGACAUAGAGGAACUGGUGGAUCUCUUGAGGGAGGACAACGCACAGGACAUAGUGGCGAUACAGGUUCCCCCGGAGCUGAAGUACGUGAGCUACAUGGUGAUAGUGUCGAGUGCAUCCAGCCGACAUAGGACAGCGCUGGCGGAGCUGGUGAGGGCAGCGUACAAGCUGAAGAAGGACAAAAAGGACCACUCGGUGAUCAUGGAGGGGAAGGGCACAGACUGGGUGGCUAUGGACAUGGGCAACAUCGCUCUGCACAUUAUGAAGCCCGAGACAAGGGAGAUGUACGACCUGGAGACGUUGUGGGCAGUGGGCGCAGAGUUUGACGAGAAGGCACAGGUUUCCGAGGAGGACCUGUUGACUGUGCGCCGCCCCCGUGACCCUCUGGCCCGCCCCCUGCCCUCCUCUCCCAUGCUCACCUCCCAUGCUGAGGCUGUGACGUGAGGUGCCGGAGGUAUUGUUAGUUGCGUUAGAAGUGUAUGUUAGCUAAUUUGUACACCUUGCCAUUUAGUACACAUGAUAAGGAAAGGAAAGGAAAGGAUUAAUUCAACUACUUCUUUUUGUUUAAUGUCCAUAUUUUCCCUUGUGUUCUUUUUCUUUUUUUUCUUCUUGUUUAAUGUCUAUCUAUCCCUUAUCUUCUUUUUCUUAAUUUUGUUUAAUAUCAUUAUUUUCCCUUAUGGAGUUGGGUGAUUCAACUAAGGUAUGAUAAUGAGAUACUGUCAAAAGGAAGAUCAGAAAGCUUUAUUUUAACUUUUUUUCCUUAGCCCAAUAUUUUAGUUCUUUUUUCUUCACCGGUAUGAGUUAUAAAUGGAAGGAUGUGUACAAAUUAGCAAACAUACUCUAAUUCCUUAUUGCUCAUCAUUUUCUUACCUGUGUACAUACGGUCUUCCUUACAGUGUUUAGGUGUACAGAGUGAGGGGGGAAGAGGGGGUUUAAUGCUGUGUUAGGAAUUUGAAAACUAGUUGAACUGCUUCCUUUUAUUUCUUCAAAAAAAUAAAUCAAACUGUCCAGAUUUGUGCUGUGUAAAAUUAAAAAAAACUACUACUACAUUUUGGCAGUAUGGGAGUAUGACUUAGAAUUUUCACUGUUUUAGAAAAUUAUUAGUGUAAAGGCUAUGCCAUCAGACAUUUUACCUUUGCAUAUGUUUGUUCCUAUAUCAUAUAAACUUCAAUAUCAUUGAUGCAGGAUCUUCAAUAUUGUAACACUUCAAUUAUGUAAUUUUUGUAAAUAAUAAUAUACCAAAGGAGAGAAUUUUAA